AUGACAUCCUCGAUUUCCUUCUUUAAGGGCUACACUUGCCCAUUCGCCUCCUCCAAACUCGCUCUCGCUGAGUUCAGAUUUGCAUCUUUAUCCUCUAACUCCUUGUUCGAUAACGAUACCCUCAGGGAGUUCAUCGACCAAUACGGCACAAAGAUCCGCUACGCCUCCCCCGCACACCCACAGACAAAUGGCCAAGUCGAAGUCGUCAACAAUAUCAUCAAGCAGAACUUCAAGAAGAAGUUGGACGAUGCCAAGAGCUUACGGGCAGAGAAGCUACCCGAGGUCCUCUGGGCGAUAAGAACAACCCCAACGGAAGCCAAUAUCGAGUUUCCCUUCUGCAUGUCACUUGGCAUAGAGGCAGUGAUCUCGGUCGAGCAAGAAGUGCAAAGCGAUAGAGUUGCAUGCUUUGACGCACUCACCAACUAG